AUGUCCUCCCAGCUCCUGCAGGCGGAGCUCUUGAACCUGAUACAAGAGUCCAAGAGAAAGAAUGCCGACCUGCGACACGCGGCCGAAGAAUCACUCAAUGAGCUGAAAAGCUUGCCAUCGACUUCUGAGGCACAGAUCUCGGCAGAUCUUGUACGCAAGCCGAAGUUUGUCGACCCCUUCAUUUUAGCCUGCCACGCUCGCCAUGCACGGCUUUCAGGCAUCGGAGUCAUCUGCCUCCAAAGGCUAGUCGCAUCACGAUCACUACCUUCCCAGAGACUGGAAGAUGUCCUCGGGGGUUUGAAAGAAACAACACAUUUGAGUUUGGACAUCCAAUUGAAGAUCCUGCAAACUCUUCCUGCGUUAUUGCAGCAUUAUUCUGAUGAUCUUGGCGGUGAAUUGCUUGUGAGCACACUCGAAAUAUGUGCCACGCUGCAAACAAGCAAGACCCUUGCGCUGUCUAGCACGGCUGCCGCCACGCUUCAGCAACUAGUUGUUUCAACUUUCGAGCGAGUUUCGAACGAGGACAAAACCCUCGACGAUGCCAAACCAACAGUAACGGUCAAAAUUGACGGCAAUCCGAUCAAGAUCGGAUACUUUGCCUAUGAUGCCUUGCGGGUCUUGGAUGAUCUCUGCCGCAUAGUGGAUGGUGAGCAGCUCCAUUUCCUGCGCAUUAAAGCACUGUCUCCAACGUUUACUCUCGAACUCAUCGAGAGCGUUCUGAUCAACUCUGGCCGCCUAUUCAUUGGUCAUAUGGAGCUUGCACAGGUUUUGAGACUCCGGCUUAUGCCAAUGAUCGUGAGGUUCUUAUCAGAACGACAUGACUUUGCUUUGACCGUUCGAGUUUGUCGGAUCCUUCUUGUGCUUCUCAAAAGGCACAUGUCUCUUCUCACUGCCGAGUGUGAGAUGGCACUGGGCCUUUUGACGCACUUGCUGGAACCCGAUGGUACCGCGCCGUGGAAACGAAUUCUCUGCAUGGAGGUUUUCCGUGGGCUAUACGCAGAACCAGGGCUUGUGAGACUCAUUUUCUCACUCUAUGACGGCAAGGAUGGAAGGAAAUGCAUCCUCAAGGAUCACAUGGCCGCACUGGUUCGUCUGUCAUCUGAGAAACCUUCGUUGAUUGGUGUCAGUAGCCGUUCAACCGUACCUUUGCGGACCGAUCAUUCAAGGUCCAUUACCGAAGAGCAAAUCACGCUGGAAGCGGGCGGACUUGCUGGAGUCAUUGGAACUAGCGUUCCUUCAACUGAUGCUAGUGUACCAGGCAUCAGUAGCCAGUGGAGUGUUGUUCGCACGCAGUAUCUUGAACUGCUCGACAAGACUGAGCCACCAUCCCCGCCGGAAACGUACAUUUACAGUCUGGUGCUGAAUUGUAUCAGCUCAUUUGCCGAGGGGCUUGCGAAAUUCAUACUUCCUUUGACCGUGCCAGACUUGAAGCAGAAGAGAAAGAAUCGGAUUACCGGUGCCGACCAAAAUGCAGACCCCGUCAGCCCCAUCAGUCCUUCCCACGACGUUCAACGGACGGAAUCAAUCAAGCAUGGUCAGAAAUCCGGAGCCAAGAAAUCCCCCAUGCCUCUCAAUCCGCUUCAACUAGAGUCCCAUCCCCAACUUGGUGCAAUCAAGACUUGUGCGGGCAUCAUUGAAAAUUGCUGGCCUGCUGUUUUGGCGGCGUGCUCUACCUUCUUAUAUGCAUCAUUAGAUGAUGAAUUCUAUCACAAUCUCGUCCGCUCCUUCCAGAAAUUAGCCCAUGUGGCAGGUCUUUUGCGAUUGUCCACUCCCAGGGACGCUUUCUUGACAACACUCGGGAAGGCAACUGUACCAGCCGAGACUUGUGCAGCUAAGCCGGGGUCUGUCGCCAACCCAACACCUGAUGAAAAGCGGAAAAGUAUAACAACCUCCACCUUGGGCUCUCCCGUACCGGAUGCCUCUGGAGCCGCUUUUGAUAAGGCGCCUGUAUCACUCAGCACCCGGAACCUUCUCUGCUUACGUGCGUUACUUAAUUUGGGCAUUGCUCUUGGCCCUACGUUGGACCAGCCGGCCUGGUCCAUCAUUUUGGGGACCCUCCAGGACACAGACCUGUUAAUUGGUAUAGCGUCGACGAAAACAAAUCCCGCCCUCAGCAGCACCACCGAGCCAUCGUCCGUCACAGGGAGUGAUGUUCCCAAGGCUAACAUUGGAAACGAGAUUAUUGCCGUGCAGGCAGCCUCAGCUAAGCUUCUUGAAAGCACGAGUGACUACCCAAGCCGCUCGUUUCAGGAUCUCUUAGCUGCGUUGUUGAAUCUUUCGGAGCCCACUGAGGAAUCCGAUCAACCAGCCACUCCUGACCUGAAUUCGAGUCCUGGUCGGUCGCCGCAUCAGCGUCCCGGACCGAUGCGCCGGAACACCCGUCGUGUCUCGCUUGCACUGGGUAAAUCGCGAAUCCAGGACGAAGAACUGCGGUUUGUGUUGGAAAAGUGCAAUGAAUUAGGCAGGUCCAACCUGGAGAGAUUGUCAUCGCUAGAGGAGAGUGACUGCGCCGCCUGGCAACUUUUGACAGGGCGGCUCAUGUCGAGUGCAGCGGAUAGGGAAAUAAGUCAGAAUCUUCGCCUGCGCGCCAAUGAAAUUCUGAACACCCUCAUCUUCCAAACCAUGAAACAGACGGCCGACGACAUUGACCAAACCAGCAAUUCUCGGCAAAAGAGGAACCUUGAGACACUCAAACAACAAAUUCAGUUGCUCUAUGAUGCCAGUGCCUGUCGGCUGGGUUCUCCUACUGGGCCUAUUAUCGAAAUACACAGUCAGAGCUUGGAGACGUUGAAAAGCAUCCUAGAACAAUAUGCGGAGACAUUUGUCGAUGGCUGGUCCAUUGUUUUUGAUCUCAUUACGAGUGUUUUCGGGGAUUCUGGAACGGAUGAACGCCAAAGAACGUCGGUCAGCAGUAAAGAUCGCAAGACGUUCCUGCUGGCAGAUUCGCACCAGCUCAUUCGCAUUUCAUACAAGUCUCUGCAACUGAUUGCGUCCGAUUUUAUUGCACUCUUGCCGUUGCCUUGUCGGCUGGACCUGGUAGAGUCCUUUUCGAAGUUUGCCAUACAGCAGCAAGAUUUCAAUAUCUCGCUAACUACAACCUCGUCUUUCUGGAAUGUAUCCGACUUUCUCCAGGGCCAGAUCGAGCGAUUUUCUAUCGAAUCCAGUGUCGACGCUUCGGUCAGCGAGGACAUGUUGGUGACGUUGGCCAAGAACGAGGAUCAUUCUGUCUCCCGAAAUGCCCUCUGGUUAUUGCUCCUCCUGCGAAUUGUUGACCUUGCUACGGAUAGCAGAUCAGAAAUUAGGAAUUGUGCGGUGCAUACCCUUCUUAGAAUCUUCGACGCCUACGGCCAACAAUUAACCCCAAAGGCAUGGCGUUUAUGUCUCAACCGGGUUCUUUUCCAGAUGACUGAUGAGCUGGAGACCGAGUUGAAUUCGGCAAAGGGCACGACUAGCCCAGAUGAGUUGAGUUCGUGGGUAGAAACCGCGGUCGUCACGAUCAAAGGGUUCUCUGAUUUAUUGACAAACUUCUUCGAAGCGAUAACCAAGGAUGAGGAAUUUGACCAGUCCUGGAAACGCCUGCUCAAUCACUGCCAGAAUCUGACGGCGCUCCACUCUUUGGAGCUUAGCGAAGCGGUAUUUACUAGCCUGUCAAACAUUCUUCUUCGGGUGCAGGCCCCCCAUGUCCUGAGCAAGCAGUCUCUAGAGGCGGCCUGGCUGCUAUGGGUUCAUGGCCAUCCCGCCAUUCAAGAAGAUUUGUUGGACCUAGAGCGUCCGAACCAAGACGCCUCGAUAGCCUACCUAAAGGCUUUUCAGCAAGUCUAUCGUUUGUACCAGGACGAAAUGACCAAUCCUCACGUCGAGAAGAUCCUGCAGCACAUCCAGCAUCUGGCAUGGAACUCCAUCUUUCCACGGUAUUCGCCGGACAUCGACCGGCCGUCUAGCCUGCAAGCGUUGAUCGUCGAUUGCAUCAGAACCAUUUGUGUGGACAAGGAGGAUUCCCAGGCGGAGAUUCUCACCUGUCUCGCAAGUUUCGCCGAUUCCGCCUUGUCGAGGUGGUCGCCAAACAGUGACUCAAGGGUGCCGACCUAUGUUGCCUUCUCGAAAAGUGUAAUUGAUCUCCUGAGCUGGUACAUCGCCGAAUUUGGGAUUAAAAGGCAGAUCUUUGCCAACGACGCCCUCUCAACUGCUCUGGAGCAUCUCGCAAACCCUGUCUCUCAGAAGUACGAGUGGCCCGGGAAAGACCGCGAGCCUUCCCUCUGGCGGAAGUCCACUACCGCAUCGCUCAACAUCCUCAAGGUUGCAAUUCCUUACGUAGAGAAGCAGUACGACGAAUCAAACAAUGCCCAAAUCUCUCGCUUCUGGGCCGUCGUCGUGGGUCUCACCAACGGCAUAGUCUCUGCCCAAGGAUACCGGACCGUGGCGAUUCCGCGCGCCAACAUACUCGACGACGAGACUUUCGAUGUCGACGCCUUCCAGAGACUCAAGACGCUCAUCAUCCCAGCCCUGGGAGCAUCCAUCAUCGCGGAUUCCAUCCGGCGCGAGUUGGCUUGCGCCCUGCUGUCCUCAUCCUUCAUUUACCUCCCGCAGCGAUUCGACCUUCCGGCCAAGAACCUGGAGACCGAGCCCCUGCACGACUUCUACCAGGUGCGGCUCGGGAGGACCUUUGAUCCCACCCCGACCUCGCGCACCAAGAUGGCCUACGCCGUCAUGGACACCUUGUUCGAAUUGGCCUCGGCUCCGGCGCCCGACCAGGCCCCCAGCGAGCCGCACACUGCCGCCCGCAUCCUCCUCGCCCGGUCCAUCUCGCCGUACCUCAUCCUCCGCACCGCCGUCUCCUUGAAGGGGUACAUUGCCGAUCAGCCCCUCCGGGGCCUUAUGCCUCAGCCCACUCCGGCGCGCCGGGCCCUCUUGCACCUGCUUCUGGGCAUGGUGAACCUGCGCAGCGAGCCCACGGCCAUCCCGCAGCCUCCGACGAGCUCCAGCUCUGCGAAGUCAGGCGACCAGAGCCAUAAGAGGCAUUUGGAAUGGAUUUAUCCUCUCGUGGUGCGGGCGGUGCAGGUGGCAGGCAAGGAAAAGGAUGAUGGGGAGGUUCUUCACGCUCUAGGGAAGGUGCUACAUGAGGUUGGGGGGUAUGCAUAG